UAGACGCAACUAAGAAUUAAUCUAAAAAAAAGUGCUUUUUUGAAGACGAUGAAGAUUUUUGAUUUGAUACGACAUCAUUUUGAGUUUGUGGGUAUAAGUACAACCCAAACGACGAAACAUCCGUUUAAUGUAAGAAAUGUGGCAAUUUUAGUCACAUUCGCGCAAUUUUUCAUAUCAUCAAUGGCAUUUUUACUGUUUGAAGCCAAAACAAUCAGAGAAUUUGCUGAUUCUUUCUAUGCAGCCGCAACAACGUUUGGCGUUUCGAACGUUUUUAUACCGAACAUUUUCAAUAUGGCAAACAUCUUUCAACUUAUCGACGAUUCCGACGCAAUUAUUCAGAAACGUUGUCAUACCAUUUUUGCUCGUGAUAUCUACAACCAUGUGAUCGAAAGGACUGAAAAGUGGUCCAAACGCUUUCAUUUGAUCUUUGUGAAAAUCUCGUUGCCUGGUCUGGUGGGACCAAAUUUUCUCAUAACUCUUUUCCUCUGCCUAACCUCCGAUUCUGGGCCAGAUGCUUUCAUACUACCCUUUCCAGUUUUGUUGCCAUUCGAUUGGAGAACACCGAUUGGAUAUUUAAUUGCAUACCUUGGGCAAUUCGGUACAUUUUUCGGAAUUUUAACGCUUUGCUGUCCAGCAGUGUGCCUUUACGUUGGAUUCUGUUGGCUGUCGAUGUCUUUUGUACGUGAUAUCGAACAAGAACUAAGCCAAUUGAACGAAAGUAAUAAUAAGGAAAGCCUCAGUCAUUUUCAUCAGCGGCUCAAAAAAAUUAUUCAAUUUCAUACGGACGCCAAAGAAUUGGUGUAUAAUUUUGCAGACAUUUACAAGUUCCCAAUCACUCCAUACUAUCUAUGGAGCGUUUCAACCAUUUGUAGCUCACUUUUAAGGAUUCAAAUGGAAAUGUCGCAAAGCAACGGAAAAUACUUCGGAAUGAUAAAUCCGCUGUUUGUGAUCUUCUGGUCGGUUGCACAAAUUUAUUUGUUCUGUGACUUUGGUGACAAUGUUACUGAAAAAUUUAGUGAUAUAAAUGAUGCCAUCUAUGAAUGCAAUUGGUAUUCAUUCCCAAAGGAAGUGCAACGAAUUUGGCCAUUUGUCAUGGUGUCAGCACAACAACCGCUCAUUAUUCAGGGCUUUGGAAACAUUCCAUGCACACGACAGGCUUUUAAAAGUGUGAUCAAUGGCGGAUUCUCAUACUUUACCGUUUUACGUAAAUUGCAAUAAUGUGCCUCAAUUCGAAACAUACUCUCAAAAAUCGAACACGCGAAUAAUAAUGAGUCCAAUACUGCAAGAAUAGUACAACUAUUCAAGCCAGUCAUGAAACUCCGUAGAA